GAUCGGUUUGCUGUGGCAGUACCAGCCAUGCUGAGCUCUGGCGCCCUCGGUGGCCUACUCCUAGCGGUCAGCAUUGGCUCCAUUUGGGCAGCGUCGUUCGAUGUGAUGUUCGAAAAAUUUGAACAACACAAUGGAACGGAAUUGUCCAACAUAAAGCUGCGCGUCCGGAAGUACAACAGAACCAUAUCGGUGUUGUCCGGAAAUGUUGAUCUCAAAGUGGUGGUGGACAACACCUUCGAGGUGAGCAUUAGGUGCGCCUACAGUCCCAAGGGCAACAACCAGUUCAACGAAUACCCGAUGAAGAUUGCCCGGACAAAAAUAUGUGAUUUCGUCAACAAUGAUUGGCGCGAUUAUUAUCCAUACUUCGAGAACUCAUCUAAUCUGCCCAAGGUAGGGGAGUGUCCCGUAGAUCCCAUGGAAUUCUACUUCAACGAUAUGGUGCUGGAUUCAAAAAUGUUCCCGCCCUAUCUACCGCACGGUUUGUGGCGGAUGUCCAUAUCCUUAACUAGACCUGGAAUUGAUGUUCCGGUAAUAUUUUUGCAAGUAUAUUAUAAGGUGGCGCCUGUUGGGAUCUUUUAAAUGUGUUUAACGUUGGAGAACUUGCAAGGGGUUAGUUGUUGGGGCUAGAAGAUGCACAGUUGACUGGAUUAGAGUAGAACGUAAGUGUAUGAAAUAUAUAUAUUGGUUUCAGGGUAAAUCUAUAAGAAGUAAGCAGUUCAAGGUUCAAUUGAUGUCUGAAGCAGCAUUCGAAGGUAGCUUUUUGUAAUCAUAGUAAGAAUUUCUAGCUUCAAAUGGAAUAGUUUUUAUUAGGUGCUACAUAAGAGAAUGAUUUUCAUAUACAUAUAUUCAUUUCAUUCAUUUAUUAAGUAUUACAUUAAAUUCCAGAUAAAACUGAA